UGUAAAAUUUAUUAUAAUUUAUAACUGAUAAAAAACUUGGACUAAUCUUUAUUAUACUACAUAUUUUAAUUGGCUUAAAAUAUUACCGUCUACAGUAUUUGUAAUCAUGUUUUUAAAUAAAUUUCAUUAUUUACAAUAUUUCAGACAGUACACAUGGACCCAUGCUUAGAUGAUUGUGUUAUGUUUGCCAAACGGUUAAAAGAACUUGGAAAAAAAGUGAAUAUGGAUAUCUUAAAAGGAUUACCUCAUGGUUUCUUAAAUUUGGCUAUUACAUGUAAAGAAGCGCAUGAAGGAUCGGUAUUGUGUGCUCAACGGAUUGCAGAUUUAUUUAAAGAAAUUGAAAUAUGUGAAAGUUAAUAUUCGUUUUGAAUCUCAUUUCAUAACAAAUAAUUUGAUAAAUUGUAUAUAUUGUAUUCUACAUUCUGUACUUAAUAUUACUAUCUUGAUUUAAAAUAAUUAAAAUCAUGAAGUUAAAAUUCAAAAUUCUAGUAUUUGGUAUGAUUUUAAGUAUUAAGAG